UUUAUAACCUAUUCUUGUUUUAUAACCUAUUCGUGUGUUUAUAAUCCAUAUAAUCAAGUGAGAUUACGUAUCGUUUGAUAUAUAAUGAACAAGUGUAUAUAUUUGUUAUUUUAUAAGACUUCGUUAAAACCAUAUCAACCGAGAUGUUUGAAUUUUUUACGCGCGUGUAGUCAGAUAGUGGACACGUUGCGAAGGUAUUCUGACAAACCGGCUAUUAUUUUGGGAAUCGAAACGAGCUGUGAUGACACAGGAUGUGGAAUUGUAGACAUCACGGGAAAAAUAUUAGGCGAGGCGAUACAUUCGCAGCAUGCCAUUCACCGAAUACAUGGCGGGAUAAUACCUACACUUGCCAGUCAAUUUCAUAGAGAAAAUAUUACCACAGUCUGCGAGAAUGCAUUAAAAUCAGCUAAUCUAAGAUUAAGGGAUAUAGAUGCUAUUGCAACUACAACCAAGCCAGGUCUUCCUAAUUCACUUAAUAUUGGAAACACCUUUGGCAAAUAUCUCUCUAGGAUUGGUAACAAGCCAUAUAUACCAAUACAUCACAUGGAAGCUCAUGCAUUAACUGUGAGGAUGAUACAGAAGGUUGACUUCCCUUAUCUCGUUUUGUUAUUAUCAGGUGGACAUAGUUUACUGGCAAUUGUUGAUAGUGUUGAUAAAUUUUAUACACUGGGUACUACAACUGACAAUGCAGUUGGUGAAAUUCUUGAUAAGAUUGCACGCAGACUUAAACUUGUUAAUAUACCAGAGUUCUUGCAUAUGAGUGGUGGUCAGGCGAUAGAGAGUGCAGCUUGUAGAGCAACAGAUCCAAAGAAAUUUGAAUUUCCAUCUAUUAUAACAAGAAAGAGAGAUUGUCAAUUUAGUUUUGCAGGUGUAUGGACUAAGAGUAUCAAAUACAUCGCUAGCCAAGAGAAAGAGUUUGAGAUUGACACAAAUAAAUUAAUCCCUGAUGCAUAUAAUCUUUGCGCCUCGCUACAAUGGGCUAUUGCAAAGCACAUAUGUCUUAGGCUGCAAAGGGCAAUGGAAUUUAUUGAUAAGAUGAAUUUGAUUCCACAUGAAAAGCGAACUUUGGUAAUAUCCGGCGGCGUGGCGUGCAAUGAUUUCUUCGCUAAAGCUUUCGAAAUUGUUUGCUCAGAGAAAGGCUUCCAACUCGUCCGAACUCCGCAUCGCUUAUGCAAUGAUAACGGCGUGAUGAUAGCGUGGAAUGGUGCAGAGCGGUGGAUAGCGAAUGUGGGUGUUAUUCGAGACAGAAAUAAAAUCGAGGCGGUGACCAUCGAAAAUAAGGUACCGCUAGGGGAGAAUUGGAUAGAAAAAGUGCGAGCUGCGAACAUAAAGUGUAAGGUGGUGAAAUUAAAAGCACUGAUGACAUGCUAGUUUUCCUCUGGUAUUAGUUUCUUAUUUGAACCUGCACAUACUUCUUGUUUAUCAAGUAUG